AUGAAAAUAUAUGAAUGUUUUAUCUCCAGUUUUCCAUCACUUAAACCAUUUGUUCAUCAUAUUGAUGUGGCGCCGGUACAUCAAACUCCUCAUGAAGCUUCACAUCAACUUCAACAUCAACCUCCUCAUGAGCACCAUCAACCCCCUCAUGAGCACCAUCAACCUCCUUAUGAGCUCAUUCCUCAACCAAACCAUGAACCUCAGCAUCAAGCCCCUCAUGAGCACCAUCAACGUCCUCAUGAGCACAUUCCUCAACAAAACCAUGAACCUCAGCAUCAAGCCCCUCAUGAAAACCUUCCUAAUCCACCUCUUAAAGAAGCUGUUCAAUCACCUCACAAAGCGAUUUCCGAGCACUUUCCUCGGUCUCAUCCCCCUCAUGAAGACACUUCCCAUUCCCCUCAUGCGAACGUUCCUCAACCCCCUCAUCUCCAAGACACGCCUCAUGAAGAUAUAUCGCCUAUGGCUGCUGAGGUUGGUGGAACCCCCAGAGAUGUCAACGCCGUGAAUAUUCCUGCUGCACCUGUGUUCCCGGUUAAUGACGUAGAAUCCUCGUUCAUCACAACAGGAACCUUUUUUAACUAG